CGCGGCCUCAGGGUUUAGUUAAACCAAUCAGGAAUGCCGAGCAUGGACGAACCGAAACUGCCCGACCUCACCUCUUCCGAAGCUCUGACCUUCGCCGCCGACGACGACUGUCAACACCAAUCCGCCUUGCCACCCCAUUGAAGCUGUCCAAACCUCCCCUGAGAUCGCAGAUUCGCCCAUCAUGUCCGACGACGAGCGCGUUACCAAGCCCUUCAAGUUCGUCACAGGUGUCGACGCCCGCUUCCCGAACACCAACCAGACCAAGCACUGCUGGCAGAACUACGUCGACUACCACAAGUGCAUUCUCGCCAAGGGCGAGGACUUCCCCCCGUGCCGCCAGUUCUGGCUUGCGUACCGGUCGCUGUGCCCUAGCGGAUGGUACCAGCGGUGGGAUGAGCAGAGAGAGGCUGGCAACUUCCCCGCUCGCCUGGACCAGUAAGGGGAUGGGAUGCAGUCAUGGCGGAGCUGUGAGCGCGGGGACAUAACCCAGCCUGGACCUUGUUACACUAGCGUGGCGGCAGUUAGGGGAAUGCACGUACAUAGAGUUGGGUGCUAGCUUUUGUCCACUCGCGCAGUGACACCAGGUGAGGCAGGUGAGAGACUGAGUUGUUUCGAAGCGGAUUAUCUGCGAAAAUGUGGGUGCUCACUGUCGAUUUGCCGAUUUGCC